UUUGUCCAAGGAAGCAGGAAUUUGAGUUCAGCAACUCACGCACCGCCGAGCUUUGCUGCUGAAAUCAUGGCAGCAGGCGCAGCCAGCUCUGUAGAGAGAGAAUGAGUUUACCUGCUAGCAAAGGAUGCGGAGGACAAAUGAGAUAGGAAAGUGGAAAAGAAUUAGUAAAAGUAAAAGUAGGCGAGAAAAAGAAAAAGGAGAAAAGAAAGCGGCAAGAUUUUAGGCCUUAUUGCCUCGGGUUUGGAAGACACCGACUUCACUCUAGCUGUGCAGAAUACAGAGUACAAGCCUGUCUUCUCCUGGCUUCACUUGUCUGAGAAGGACUUGGAAGAGAUCUACCUGCUCGCCUUAGAGGAAUUGGUGUGGUGGUCGCCCUGUAAAGGAUGAGCAAAGAAGACGACAGCAAGUUCCUGAAACUACAGACAUGCGUUGUGAAAGUGAACAUAUGCUGUGAUGGAUGCCAGAAGAAAGUGAAGAAAGUGCUUCAUAAGAUUGAUGGGGUAUACACUACCACCAUAGAUGUGGAGAACAGGAAGGUGACUGUCACAGGGAAUGUGGAUCCUGCCAUCCUCAUCAGAAAACUCCGCAAGGCUGGCAAACAUGCAGAGCUGUGGUCCGUCAAGGGUGGAAACCCGCAGAAUGUCGCCAACCAGCUGCAAAAGCUCCAGCUUCAGCAUGUCAAACAACAGCAGACCCAAAAGGGCGGCGGUGUUAGUAGUAAAGUAGGAGGAGGAGAAGGAGGAGGAGGAGGCAAGCAUCAGAAGGGCCAGCAGCCACAGCUGCAACAGUUUCCGCAGCAGGCAAAAGGGUACAAAGAUCUGAAGUUUCCCAAUCUGAAGAACCUCAAGUUUCCUUUCAAGAAGAACACCAAAGAAGUCAAAUUUAACCUUCACCCCGAGGAUGAGAGGGACGACGGGAGCGACUCCGACGACGAGGAUGAUGAAUUCGACGAGGACUUGGAUGACAUGGAUGGGAUUCAUGAGACCGUCCGUCGUGAUCCCAAGAUGACCAAGCUCAUGAAUUUCCAAUCUAAUGUUAAGGGUUUGGCCAAAGAAAAGAAAGGUCCUGCUACUGCUGGUAGCAAGGGAGGAGGAGGAGGUCAGCUGCACAACAAGGUUGUGGGUGGCAACAAUAGUGGGGGAGGUAAGAGAGGCGGUGGCAGUGGUGGCGGUCAUGCUAAUCAUAGCAAUCCAUUCCAUGGGGGCAACAGAAACGACGGUGUAGGAGGGGGCCUUCCGUUGAGCAACAUGCAAACGCCCAUGGGCCUCACGGGGACCUUUCCCGGCUACUUCCAGGGUGGGACGAUGCCGCCGCCGGAGAUGAUGGCCGGUGCGAACCCCUACCAGCAGCUGCACCAGAGGAUGAUGAUGAAUGGUCCAGACCGCCCAGCACUGGGCUAUGGUUAUGGACGGCCGGCGUACAUGGCGCCACCGCAUCCCCACGGCGAACCCUACACCAUGUUCAGUGAUGAGAACCCCAAUGGUUGCUCGAUAGUGUGACGGAAGGAAGGAGACGACGCCAACUUGGUUCUGCGUAUCUUGCUCUGUUCCUCCAUGGUGUUUUGUGUGACAGCGUGUCGAUCCUUCUUCUUCUUCUUUAUUUGCUUGAGCUUGGGGAAUAGUUUACAGGUCUAUAGAUGAGGUUAGAAGUGCAGCUUUAGUAAUAUAUCUCUUUGUCUUAUGGUUGGUUGUCUUAGAGGAUGCAGAACAAUACAUAAUAUUAAGUGCUUAUGGUUUGGUUGGAGUGCAA